CUUAAUAAAAUAGAAUAAAAAUAAAACCAAAACCCAAGUCCCAAAUCCAACGCCUCUAACUUCUCAUCUUCUAUCUGUGACCUACCCUACAAAAGGGGUACUGUCCUCCUUCGUUCCCCUACGGGGUAAAGAGCCGUCACUGUUGUUGUACUAGUAGUGAAUAAGAGCAGAGCACAUCAGAAAUAGACGACAAAAUUCGUGAUACAGAAUCAUCUUUGUUCUUUUCUUUUAACGUCGAAAAUUCUUCGCUAUUUCCUCGAAAUUUCUUAUAUUCUUACAACAUUUAAACAAAAUAAUGGUCUCUUUUUUCUCUUUAAGGUAUCGAAUUCGCUUUCUUUUUUUUUUUUGUUUUCCCGCUCGCUUUUGUCUUUCUCUUCGUCUCUCUUCAUAAAAUUAAAGUUAAAGUGUUCUUUUUUCUUUUUUUUUUUGCCUUUUUAGCUUUUUGUUAUUCUCUUUCUAUUCUUUUCUAUUCGAAUUUGGAAUUUGGGUUCAUUAAAUAAGUCUCUGUUUGGUAAAUGGAUUUGCAUUUACCUGUUUAAAAUUUUUAUUUGGCUUAGCCUGUGUUUUUUCUUUGUUUGUUUACGAGAUAGAGAAACUUGGUGUUUUCAUUGCAGGUAAAUUUGCAAGCUUUACUUUUUUUUAUUAUUAUUUUAUUUUAUUUCUGGGAAACCAAACAAAAGGGGGUGCUGGGCAUUGGUAAAGAUGCAAACGAGGUUCAUGGAGAGAUCAAGUAGUAUGGCCCGAGAAAAGAGAGGAUUGGAUUCAAGCUCUGGUGAUGAAGGCCAGCCUGAUAAAAAAAGACCUGCUUUAGCUAGUGUAAUUGUUGAAGCUCUCAAGGUGGAUAGUCUGCAGAAACUUUGUUCGUCAUUGGAGCCUAUUCUUCGAAGAGUUGUUAGUGAAGAAGUGGAGCGUGCUUUAGCAAAAUUAGGCUCUGCCAAACUUACGGGACGGUCUUCUCCUAAAUGUAUUGGAGGGCCUGAUGGAAGAAACUUGCAAUUGCACUUCAGGUCCAGGUUGUCCCUCCCUCUCUUUACUGGUGGGAAAGUAGAAGGAGAGCAGGGUGCUGCUGUCCAUAUUGUGUUGAUUGAUGCAAACACAGGACAUGUUGUGACAUCGGGUCCUGAAUCCUCAGUGAAAUUGGAUGUAAUUGUUCUUGAAGGUGAUUUUAAUAAUGAAGAUGAUGAUAAUUGGACUCCAGAAGAAUUUGACUCUCAUGUAGUUAAAGAGCGUGAGGGUAAGAGGCCACUUCUAACUGGGGACCUGCAAGUGACACUGAAAGAAGGUGUAGGAACUCUCGGCGAGCUGACAUUUACUGACAACUCAAGCUGGAUAAGAAGCAGAAAGUUCAGAUUAGGUUUGAAGGUUGCCCCAGGCUUUUGUGAUGCGAUUCGUAUACGUGAAGCAAAAACUGACGCCUUCACUGUUAAGGAUCACCGAGGAGAAUUAUACAAGAAGCACUAUCCACCGGCAUUACAUGAUGAGGUAUGGAGAUUGGAAAAGAUUGGCAAGGAUGGAUCUUUCCACAAGAGGCUGAAUAAAGCUGGGAUAUUUACUGUUGAAGACUUCUUAAGACUCGUGGUUAGAGACUCCCAGAGAUUGCGCAAUAUUCUUGGAAGUGGCAUGUCAAAUAAGAUGUGGGAUGUUCUUGUAGAGCAUGCAAAGACUUGUGUUCUCAGUGGGAAACUUUAUGUGUACUAUCCCGAGGAUGAAAAGAAUGUUGGUGUUGUUUUCAACAAUAUCUAUGAGCUAAGUGGCUUAAUUGCUACUGGGCAGUACUAUUCAGUGGAAUCUCUUUCCGACAAUCAGAAGGUUUAUGUGGAUGGAUUGGUGAAGAAGGCAUAUGAAAAUUGGAUGCAUGUCAUAGAGUAUGAUGGCAAAACACUCCUAGACUUUAAGCAGAAUGAGAACAUAGUUGCUUCCCAAACUGACAAUCCAAUUUGUCAAGAAGAUUUUUUGAACUCUUAUGAUCAUCAGGUUACUUUACCAACGCUAUCAGUUCCAGUUCCUCCAGAGCAGCCUGCUAUGGAUUCAGGUCCUACAGUUGGAGGUUAUAAUAAUAAUAUGGCUGCAAGAUUCUCAAUGCAAGCACAGAAUGAAAAUAUCAAUACGCCUUUUCAAUUUGAUGCUGCUUCAAUGCCUCUACAGAACCCUUUACCGAGUACUUCGCAGCAAAAUCAGUUUUCAAGAAGUGACAGUUUACUGGCGCUUGCUCCACCGCAAUCAUCUACAUCGAGCUUCCAAGGUGUCUGUACACCAAAUGUUACUUCAUAUAGGGGAUCUGAGGACUUCUUCCCAGAGGAGGAUCUUCGAGUGAGAAGUAAUGAGAUGCUUGAAAAUGACGAUAUGCAGCACCUUCUUCGUAUCUUCAACAUGGGAGGUCAGGGCCUUUCCUCCCUUAAUAUGGGUGAAGAUGGGUACCCUUACCCGUCAUCAUAUGUACCUGCCCCAUCUCCAAACUACAGUUUCGGUGAUGAUCAAUCUCGUUCAUCUGGCAAAGCAGUCAUUGGAUGGCUAAAGCUCAAGGCUGCUCUAAGAUGGGGCAUCUUUGUCAGGAAGAGAGCUGCUGAAAGGCGGGCACAGCUUAUAGAGUUGGAUGAUCCCUAAAAUUUGGCCUGUGGCCAGGUUUCGGUAAUCAACUUUCUGAAUUCCUGCAAGUUCCUCUCUAACUCGAUUAGAGACUGGUUAUCAGUUUGCAUGACUGGCUAGAGUCAUUUUAUUCGAGGUCCUGCUGUAUAAUCCUCGCAUUUGGUGACCGCCGUCACUGUAGAGUUUUUUGCUGUAUAGUUAGCAUAUAUGAUCUCUUAACAGUUGUUCUAUAGUUACCUUCUUGGCAAAGAUGAUUGACAGGGCUGUUUAAUUGGUGGAAUUCUCUAUUGUGUCGGUGGAGAAACGUCUUAUCUUAGUAGGGCACUUCCUGAAGCAAGGAAAGCUUAGCAUGGGCAUUUUAAUUUCCGCAUUUUUAGAAAGUAGAUAGGGUAGAAUCUGAGGCUACUUUUAGCCACGAUUGGCUAGUACAUUUUAUAUAUGCUCUGUGUCAUUCGAGGUACAACAUGAACGAAUGGCGUAUGAUUGUUGUUCCUUUGUAACAUUAAAAUAAUUGCUGGUUGUAGAGACGAAGUACCUGUUCAAAUCUAUUCUCUUUCAGUUUA